AUGACUGAAUAGAAAUUAGAAAUCAUUUAAUAAAAUUAAAAGUAGCAUUAUAAGGAAGGAGUAUAUAAAAUCUUAGGGAUAAAAGAAAUUGAAUAGCCUAGCCGUGUUUCUUUUUUUAUACCAGUCUAAUAUUUACAUGGAUGGAGAGAUACUUAGAAUGUGAGAAUUAAUUAAUUUAGAGAGUAAAAUACAAAGUAUGCUACGAUUCUUACUAAUAUUGAUUAAGUGUAGAAAUUAAAAUGGGGAACUUAAAAUUUACAAUAUACUGUUAAAUGGUGUCCUAUUUGGGAAGCAAGAAUAAUAAUAAAUGCAGGAGGAGAAGUAGAUAAGAAUAAUCUUAAAAUUGGGAAAUGGGUUGAACUAUCUGAUAAUUAUUGCAAUAUAUCCUAAGUUACUCAUGAAGGGAUAUAUAAUAAUGGAUUAAGAAUUGGAAAAUGGGUAACGUAUUUUAAAGAAAAUAUCAUCUGUGAAGGAGAAUAUAAUUCAAAAGGGGUUGAAAUUGGAAAUUGGGUACAUGUACAUGAUAGAUUUUCAAACAAUUACCAAAUAAUUUAUUAAGGAGAGUAUAAAAAUGGAAAAAAGUUUGGAUAAUGGAAUAUAAUAGAUAUUAGUACUUAAAAUAAAUUUGUUAUUGGGGGCGGUCUCUAUGGAACUGAAGGAGAAAAAGUAGGAAAAUGGACAGAACUCCACAAUAAUUUUGCGAACUUUAAUAGUUCAAAUAAAUACGGUUGUUAAAUUCUAUGGAAAGGCAAUUAUAGGAAUGGAAAAAAGAUAGGGAAAUGGGAUAUACUUUAUUCAAAAGAACUUAAGUUUGUAGAUAAAUAUGAAUGCAUAGGAGGUGGCCUAUAUGACGAAACAGAAUUAAAAAAAGGGAUUUGGGUUGAAUUAUCUGAGAAUUUUAACAAUUGCAGUUAAGUUAGAUCUUUUGGAGAAUAUGAUAAUGGUAAAAAAAUUGGAAGAUGGAAUAUUUAAAUUAGAGAUGAGAAAAAAGAUAAUUUUAUAACAAUAGGUGGUGGUCAAUAUGAUGAUGAAGGAAAAUAAAAAGGGAAAUGGAUUGAGUUAUAUCAGAAUUUCAGAAGGUGUCAAAAAAACAAUAAUUUUUUAGCGACUCCUAACUCAGAUUUGUGGGGGAUUAUAAGGAAGGAAUUAAACAAGGAUUCUGGGGAUUGUAUUUUAGGAAUUUUUUUCAUAAAAAUUUUCAAUAUUGGUAAUUUUUAAUUAGUGAAUUUAUUAAGUUCAGUAGGUGCUUAUAAUUUUGGUUAGAAAAAUGGUAAAUGGAUGGAGUCGGAUUUAUAGUUGAAUUUUACUGCAGUGUAUUGGUAUUUACAUUAAUUCAAUUUUAAUUAAUUAAGGAAUAAAACUAAUUACCAUACGGUUCAUUAUUAGAAUGGCAAGUUAUUAAGUUUGAAAAAAGUAAAUUGA